AUGAACUAUUUUGUGAAGAAAAGAAAGAUGAUUCAUGAGUUGGAAAAGACUUCUGACUAUCAGGAGCUUGUUAAGCGAAUAAACAAGAAUGAUUCGGGGAGCAAUCUUUACAUACAGAAAGAAUCGAACCUACUUUCACUCAACGAUUACUUGAGCUUACAAGAGAUGGUUCCUCUUUCUCCGGCUCUAGCAGCCAAAUGGAUUAAAGGCAUGGUAGUCGGAGAUAUAGAUGAGUCAAGAGUAAUGAUCAAUGAAAAAGGAGUAGCCGGCAUUCUCUUGCCUCCUUCACUAUACAUUGCUCCAUCAAAAGAUAAAUAUUCAUAUUUUCUAAUUGAUACCGAACCGAUUGGCAAGAUGCUGCAUAGGUUCAUGUCCGGUUCAAGUCAUAUUCCGAAACUAAAGAAUCAUUCAUAUAUAGUUGUACCCGAGCUAGAAAAUGGAUUAAGGUUAGCGACCGUUCUGUUGAGCAAUAGUGAAGAUGUGAGACUUUCAUUAGCUGCUAUAAUCAACCAUCCUUGGAUUCAAAAACAUGCAGAAAGAUCGAAGAAACAACUGAUUUUGAUCGAUUGA